CCAGGAAGUGUUUGUCAUUUUUUUAAGGAAGUGCUUUUCAUGGCUCGUUUAAUUGUUUCCUUGUAUGGUGCUGAGCGGGAUUGGAUUCUACAUAAUCGAAACUACACAAUCCCAGGAAGGGAACCGAACCUCAAGGUCUGCCUAUCAACCACCAGCACAAGAAGUGAUUGAACACCAACCAGAUCUCACCAUGUCAGACACGGUCCCCCUGGAACAGAGGUACAAGGCCAGCAUGGUCCUGAGUGGAGCAGGAGAUGCCCUGGGCUACAACCAUGGUACCUGGGAAUUUGAAAAUGAUGGAGUGUUAAUACAUGAGCAAGUUAAGAAGAGAGGAGGUCUAGCGAAGCUGGAUGCCAUAGACUUCCCUGUUAGUGAUGACACCGUCAUGCACCUGGCUACAGCUGAGGCUCUGGUCAAGGUGGGGGAAGGAGCAUCCCUCCCUGUGCUGUAUCGAGCCCUGGUGGAGAAGUACAUUGUAAGCAUGACAGACAUGGCUGGAAGAGGAGCAGGCCUCACCUGCCUCAACAGUGUUGCAAUACACAGACAGAGAACUGAUGAGGACAUUAAGAUUCCCUUCAACAAGAGGGGCGGAGGGUGUGGGGCAGCCAUGAGGGCCAUGUGUAUCGGCCUGCGCUUCCACCCUGAGCAGGAGCACCUGCUGAUAGCAGUAAGUGUGGAGAGUGGACGUCUGACCCACCACCACCCCACAGGCUACCUGGGAGCCCUGGCUACAGCCCUGUUCACGGCCUACGCAGUGAGGGGCACCCUGCCUGUGAAGGCCUGGGGACACAGACUCAUGGAGGUCCUGGACAAAGCCAAGGAGUACGUCAGGCAUUCGGGCAAUUGUGUGGAGCUGAACAUGGAGCACUGGGACUACUUUGGAAUUCAGUGGAAGUCCUAUUUAGAAAAGAGAGGCAUUCUGGAUGGAAAGAGCAAACCUCGGUUCCCAGACUCCUACGGAGUGAAGGAGAGGGAGAGUUUCUAUAGGGCGGUGAGCUUCAAUGGUUGGGGUGGCGCCAGUGGGCAUGAUGCUCCCAUGAUAGCUUACGAUGCCCUCCUGAGGGCAGGCGACUCCUGGGUUGAGCUGGCCAAUCAUGGCUUCUUCCAUGGCGGGGACAGCGACUCCACGGCCGUGAUCGCUGCUGCCUGGUGGGGCGCACUGUUCGGCUUCAGAGGGGUGCCAGAAAUCAACUACAAGAGGCUUGAGUACCGUGACAGACUAUCCAAACUAGGGGAACAGCUAUACAAGCUCAGGGGAAAACCUCUUGGUUCUUUGAAAGUGUGAUGCAAAUUAAACCAAUAGAUGGUUAAAGGUGAAAUUCAUUACAUUUCCUGCAGAUCUGUAAUUUCAGCUACUUAAACUUUUUUUGACACUAAUUUUGCAUCCCUUGGUUUAUAAAAAACAUAUUUUUAAAGAAUAUUACUGGAUCUGGAAAGAUUUAUAGAGUAUUUAUGAUCUCAAACUGCAGUCUACCUACUGACUAGGAGAUGGAGCCAGAAUUUUCCGUAUAAUAACAAACAUUUUCUGUAAUGGCAACAGUUUUUAUUUAUUUCUAGCCUAUAAUCAAGUCUUCACUAACAUACAUUGAUGCUGCAGUUGUUGCACUAUUUUUGUACCAUUUUAGCUAUGGCAGAGUGUAAAAAUGGACUGUUUUACUUCUGAUUAGACUGAUGCUAAAUGAAGUCUACAAGUACAGUGGUGACCAGAGGGUGGCAGUGUAACUUAACAAAUCACUCUUGAAACUCUCCUGUCUCGCUCUCUCAAUUUAUUCAAUUUAAGUUCUUUAUUGGCAUGGAAAACAAAAACGAGUGAAAUGGAUCAUUAACAAAAGUGAAAUAAUAACAAAUUAACAGUAAACAUUGCACAUGUUCCAAAAUAAUAAAACAUUUUAAAUGUCUUAUGUCUAUAUACAACAUUUACACGAUGUACAAAAGGGAAAAUAAAUAAACAUGGGUUGUAUUUAAAAUGG